UACACUGAAGAAUCAGCAGUUGAUGUCAGUGCAGAGACGAAGCCAAACCUCACUGAGUUUUUGUUCGAUUUAACGGGUCCUCUACCGAUUUAAACGUGUUAAUCUAUCGGUGUUCUGUUCAGAAACGGUUAACACCGUCGGUAACCGGGAACGGACACAUCCGGGAGAUGAAACUGCUUUAGGACGAACCGGUAACUUUGGUGAUGUGCGUACCUGCGCUGAUGGCGACGCUCUGAGGGUGACAGUGGGAGAGACCUCACCCUUCCUCCCCUCCUCCUCCUCCUCCUCCUCCUCCUCCUCCUCCUCCUCCUCCUCCUCCCCACCUUGCCCCGAAGGCUGCACAGAUGUUUUCACUCGAUCAGGAAAACAUCUCCACCUCCCCUGCUUCCACCAAAGGACCAGUCAAAUAUGGAGAGCUCAUUGUGCUCGGGUGUAACGGCUCUCUGCCCAGCGGUGACAAGGGGAGGCGGAAAAGUCGCUUCGCUCUGUGUCGCAGGAACAAGUCCAACGGUGUGAAACCCAGCACUGUCCACUCAUCCUGCACCCCACAGGCUGCCAAGGCUGUAAGCAACAAGGAGCAGCACAGUAUUUCCUACACUCUGUCCCGGGCGCAGACGGUGGUGGUGGAGUACACGCACGACAGCAACACUGACAUGUUCCAGAUUGGUCGUUCCACGGAGAUUCCCAUUGACUUUGUGGUGACGGACACGCUGCCCGGUGGUCAGAACCAAGCUGACGACCAGGCGGUUCAGAGCACCAUCUCCCGCUUCGCCUGCCGCAUCAUCUGCCAAAGGAAUCCUCCUUUCUCUGCACGCAUCUACGCUGCCGGCUUCGACUCCUCCAAGAACAUCUUCCUCGGGGAGAAGGCGGCCAAGUGGAGGAUGCAGGAUGGUCAGAUGGACGGGCUGACCACCAACGGCGUUCUGGUGAUGCACCCGCGCCACGGCUUCAGCCAGGGCUCCAAACCUGGCGUGUGGAGGGAAAUGUCCGUCUGCGGAAACGUCUUCACGCUGCGGGAAACCAGAUCAUCUCAGCAGAGAGGCAAGACGGUGGACUCUGAGUGUAACGAGCUGGUGGACGGGUCUCUCAUCGACCUGUGCGGCGCCACCCUCCUGUGGCGCACAGCGGACGGCCUGGCGCACACGCCCACCGUCAAACACCUGGAGGCCCUGCGGCAGGAGCUGAACGCUGGGCGGCCGCAGUGCCCCGUGGGCCUCAACACGCUGGCCUUCCCCAGCCUUCGCCGCAAAGACGUCCCGGACGAGAAGCAGCCCUGGGCCUACCUGCGCUGCGGCCACGUGCACGGCUACCACGGCUGGGGGGGCCGCCGCGACCCCGCGGUGGAGGCGGAGCAACAGGAGAGGGAGUGCCCAAUGUGCCGGACGCGGGGCCCGUACAAGCCGCUGUGGCUGGGCUGCGAGGCGGGCUUCUACGUGGACGCGGAGCCGCCGACCCACGCUUUCGUCCCUUGCGGUCACGUCUGCUCGGGGAUGACGACGGCGUACUGGAGUCAGAUCCCGCUGCCACACGGCACGCACGCCUUCCACGCCGCGUGCCCGUUCUGCAUCCAGCCGCUGGGCAGAGAGUCCGGGUGCAUCAGACUCAUCUUCCAAAGCCCGCUGGACUAGAAAUACUCAGACUUCUUCUCUUAAGCUGUAACCAAGGGCGUAGAUGUGGUUUUCAACAUCGCACAGAAAAGUUUAAGAAAUAAAGUACACGAAAUACAUCCGUAAAAUAACCGAAAAAGUCCUGGCAGCUCAAAUAGCCGGACUUUUCCCCCGUAAUUAAAAAAAUGGAAAUGAUAUGUGUGCCUACAGUUAAAAUACAGAAACAUUUUCCGUUAGGUUGAUUAUAUAAAACGAUCUCACACAAAGCUGCUCAGUUAGUAAACUUCUGAAAACGUUGAAAGAAAGUUCAAAAUUGUUGGGGGAGAAAGCGACAAAAAUAUGAGAAAAGUACGGAGACCCCCUGGGGUCAGCUGAGAAAAAAUCAACUUAGUGCGUUUUCACACCUGUAGUUCGUUUGCUUUGGUCCGAAUCAGUUGGUGAGUUUGUAAACUUGG